AUGGUGCCGCUUUUAAUUGGUGAAAUCAAUGGAGGGGAAGCCGGAAUGGGUGGUACAUUGGAGAUUAUCUUGAAAGUAUUACAUAUCCUUCGAAACUUUUCGUUCUUGGCUACGUAUAUUCCCAUUUUAGCCAAACAUGGGUCUGUCAAGGAAAUGUUGGUACAAGGUCUGGAAACAUCCAUGAGUACAGGUCAUGUAGAAUUGGGAAGACAUUCAAUGGACGUGUUGGAGAAUAUUGCGGCACAUAUGGCUCUAGAAUCUGAAAAGGACCCUUGUUUGCAUUGUGUUCAUACUUUGGUGGCUGCUCAUGAUCGUUAUUUGGUGAUUGGAUCUAUUCGUACCUUGACUUGGUUUACCAUGAACCGUGCCAACCAUGCCUUUUUAGAAAGCAGUCCUGUCAUGGCACGCAUUGCUCAGAUGCUGUUGUCGAACGAUGAGGAAUUAGUGGGCACCGCUUUGGAAUACAUUUAUCAGCAUACACGUACAUCUCUUCAAUCCAGAUCUCAGUUCUUGACAUCACCUCAUUCAAGUGCAUAUAUCGGCCUACUCAUUUCUUUAUUAAUGACGAAAUCCAAAUAUUUCUGCUCUCGAUUUAUCCAAGAUGAUCUAUUACCGAGCGCUACCACCACUACCGCCACAGCAACAACCAACAACAACAGCAACAAUAAUAAUAACAAUAAUACGACGACAGCGACAGGGAACGCAGGAGCAGGAGGAGGAUUUUUACAACAAGAUCAACCAGUGGUACCACGCGUGCCUGAUUUAACCGUAUAUCAAAAACUGGAUGAACCAUUUCGAUGUCUGGGCUGGUUAAAAGACAAAUUUCAAGUGGCGGAUCGAAGUAGUGUUCUGUCAUUGGAUGAUAUUUACCUGCUGUAUGAAGCAAGGUUUGGAUUAGAAAAGGCACUCAAGAUGCGAGAUUUUUACACCGUCAUGAAGAUUGCAUUUCCCAAAGCAUCUACGACAUCGGAAGCCAAACCCUUGUUAGCGAGUCCGGGACAAUCGUCACCUGUGGUGGAAGGAUUAAAUAUAUUGGGCAUUCAAAUUAAAAUGAGCAUCCUACAAGACCGCCCGCAGGUUUCGUGUAAAUGGGCACAUUGCUCGCUCUUGUUUGAUGAUACAUUUACACUUCAACGACAUGUAUUACACGAUCAUAUGGUAGCGACAGCGAACGAUGAUUAUGCAUGUCAUUGGUCACAUUGCACACAAGAAGAACAAUUAUUCCCGACAAAAGACGACUGGAUUUCUCACUUACGCACGCAUUUCUUUAACGGGAUUGGCGAGAGUUGUUGCAACAGUCCAGUGCAGAGUCCUGAGCCUUCACUUUCGUCGUCACCGUCUACGCCGACAUCCAAUAUAUCAUCCUCCAAUUCAUCCAGCAUGUAUACACCGCAAAGUAGUAAUGUGAAUGGUGGCGUGAGUUCACCUGUGUUGAGUCACCCGCUGACGGUGGACGUGUCUGAUAUUCAGGGGAUUGCGCUGGUGGCAUCACAUCUACUUGUUUGGCUAUCUAAAGAUCCCCAAAGUACAACUUACUUUAUUCCCUAUGAAAAGGAAUUGACAACAAUUGCUGAACAACGACCCAAAUUAGCUUCGCAUAUUUGGUCUAUCUGUUCCAAUUUUAAGCAUUCUUCUUCUACUGCUACAAAACUAACCUGUUAA